CCAGAUCAUGUGACAAAGACCCGGAAGCGCAGUAAUUCAAGAUGUCGCAGCACGGAAUUUUGAGCUGCUGAGUUCAUAUAUCUUUCUUCUUUUUGGUCCAUAAAUAAAAUACAAGAUGCAAAAUUACGACAAGCCAGCUGUGGGCACCACGCCUGCAACCGCGCCUGAUUUCAGAGGGAAUGACGGCUCUCUCGUCUCUGUGCUUAAAACACUAUUGUUUUUCACUCUUCUGAUGAUAACUCUACCCAUCGGACUUUAUUUUGCAUCAAAGUCUUAUCUCUUUGAAGCCUCUCUGGGUUACUCCAGCAAUGACAGCUACUUCUAUGCCGCCAUCGUUGCUGUGCUCGCCGUCCACGUGGUUCUGGCGCUCUUCGUUUAUGUUGCAUGGAAUGAGGGAUCACGUCAAUGGAGAGAGGGAAAACAGGAUUAACCAAUCAGAGAGAAGAUGCCUGAUUUGUUCUUCAUCUCACGGAAUGGUCGAGGUCAUCUUUGGUCUGGCUGGAGGUUUUGUCAGAAGGUGUUAGAUGUUAAUCUGUGUUUUUGUGCAGGGUUAAUACAGGACAGCAGAGAAGACUGUUCUUGUGAAGGUUCAUUGUUCCUGCAGUGUCAUAUUCUGACCUAUUUCAGUCUGUUUGAUAGAUGAGUCCAAUUCUGAACCUUAGGCCUUCUGUGUAAUUUCAAUGUCUUCCCUUGUAUUUUUACACAAACAUACAGCAAUCUUGUAGACAGUUGGUUGUUUAAAACUAGUGUGUCUGUGUGAUUAAGUUAAAAAUAAUUCCAAGAUGGAUAAUUUCCUGUUGUUUUAUUUAUCAAUUAAAGCUGUUCUCCAGAA